AUGACCAUCCCUACAGUUCUCGAGCCAGCGACCAUCACUUCUUACAUAAUAUCCAUUCUCGAAGCUUCAGAUCAUACUCCUUACAUCGGGGAGCCUAUCUCUCAGCUUCAACACUCCUUGCAAUGCGCUGCUCUGGCCGCCCAGGCAUCGCCGCCUGUAGACGAGGCCACGCAAGUAGCGGCACUACUUCAUGAUAUUGGCCAAUUCGCUCCAGCAGAAGAUCUUAUUGCUUCAUCAAAACUUCCCAUCCAGAAUCUAGGAGAUGCUUCAACCACACAAAGCGUCGGCCGCGUCGGCCACGAAACUCUAGGAGCUCGUUUCCUUCUCUCGUUGGGCUUCUCCGACAAAGUCGCUCGUCUUGUGGAAUCCCAUGUGGCAGCUAAACGGUAUCUCUGCGCCGUAGAUGAGUCUUACAACAAUUUCCUCUCUGAAGCCAGCAAGAAAAGCCUUUUCUACCAAGGAGGUCCCAUGUCCGCCGAAGAGGUGAAGGAGUUUGGCUCUGGGCCGUGGUGCAAAGAGAUGUGCAAACUGAGGAAGUGGGAUGACGAAGCGAAGGUUGAAGGUCUGACAGUGAGAAACCUAGAUAGUUGGAGAACGGCCAUCGAGGGGCAGAUAGAGCAAAAAUGAUGGCGAAAUGAUGGAAGUAUGGUAUGAAGAUUUGUAUGAACCCUAGCUUGAGCAUGUAGGGCGAGGCAGAGGGGGUAUUAUUUUCGUGGACUUUGCACAUUGCCGAGAUAUUUCCAAGUUGGUGGAGGGCAUAAGCCAAUGAAGGUUAGCUGCUUCGACUCUUCUUCUUCUCAUGCAGAAUGAGUUUUGUGGUAGCUCUGGCGCGGUUGCACUAGCCCCCAUCUCUGAGAACCAGCAAACCUGCGGAUUCUCGUUAGGAUACAUCCGUACUGUCUUAUCAUGUGGCCUCAAUAAAUAGAGGGUACGCCGCCAGCAUUCUCGCUAGGCCUUUGCCGUGCAUGGUGCCAAGCAGAGAGAAAAAGUCAUCGUCGUCGCUUGUUAGUUCAACAACUCAGCAAAAUUAUAGAAAUAAAGCAGA